AUGGAUUGGGGAGAUAAAUAUUCCCAUACUUCUUUUGACCUACAUUGUUUGUUAAAUUCACUUCCUGGAGACUUGGAGUUUAAGCAGAUCUUCAGUGACAUUGAUGAAAAGAUAGAACAAAAUGCUACAAGCAUAGAACAUUGCAUUAAAGAAAUACAAUCUGAAGUUAACAAGCAGUGUCCAGAUGUGCAGCUGCAAACGACAACUGACUGUUUUGAGUGGCUAGAUAACUAUAAUUAUAAUUCAUCCAAGUCACCUUCCAUUCCCCAUGGAGAUUUGAUAAAAUUCCUCACAACACUGCAAGAUUCGUUGAAGAGUGAACUAAAUCAAGAAGAAGUGAUACUGGAUUUACUUUGGGAUCUCUCCUGUCAGAGCAGCGUUUCGUUCCCGGCAACUCUAAGUGGAGUAUUUUUCCAUUUCCUCUCUCGGACUUCUCUUCAUUCUGUGGAAGAUGAUUCCUCCAUGGAUGUACAGUCUAUCUGGGAUAACAUAAGACUACAUCUUCGACGCUUCUUAGUGAACAAAUUACAAACCCAUAAUGAAAUCAUCAAUUCACAGCACAAAAGUUGGUUGAAAAAGCAGUGCAUACAACAACUGUUGUUUCUUUAUCCAGAAUCAGAAGUUAUAAUCAAGUACCAAAGCAUACAGAAUAAACUGUUGGCUGAGCUCCUGCAGAACUGUUUUCCUGCUUAUAGCAGAGAAUUGAAUUUAGACAUAAUGGCUCAUGGAUACCAAAGUACUAUGCUUAGGUUAUACUCAAUGAUAAAAGAAGAUUUUAACACACUACACGAAAUUUUAGCUCCCACCUCAACGUUGCAAUUCAUUAAAGAAACUUACCUGGAUACUGUUGCAGAAGAAAUGGCAAAGUUUCUUGAAAAUUUUUGUGAGCUGCAGUUCAAAGAAAGUGCUAUCCGUGUGAUUAAAACAAGCAAGAGCUCCAGCAGGCAUAGAGGAUCAGUGCAUGCUUUGGGUUAG